GCUGGAGAACCUGUGACGUCACGUAACAACCUCCCUAACAACAACAGGGGCAGCUGUAACAGAAGUAGUCAGUCAUUAGUAACGGGAGACACCUUGGCUUUACAACUAAACUUGUCGUACCACAGAUUUUCUUACACCUGGUGUUGUUUGUUACUGAGUUUACAAAGCUGAGCCGUCGUCGUUGACAUGAAACUGUGGUGGCCUUCUGAACCUAGAGCGCGGACCUAGUUGGAUCACCUCGCCAGUACUGCCCCCCUCCCCUCACGAAAAAGUUUGGAACGUUUUGCAAACUCCUCUGUGCGAGAUAAACAGCAAACAUGCCGCCGAAGAAGAAAGGGAAGGGAAAGAAGGGGAAGAAGAGUGCGAAGGGAAGCGCCAAGGGCUCCAAGUCGGGGUCCAAGCCGGCUUCAGCGGGACAGCAGCUGAACGAACUCAGUAAAGAGUUUUUCCUGAUUCAGAUCCGAGAUUUGGAGAACAGACUGGGCCGGUACCAGACCAAGUGUGAUGAGCUGGACAUCUCCAAUGAUGAGUUCAAGUCACAGUACGAGCAGAUGUCUGAGGACAAGAAGGAGAUUGUUUCAUUUCUCAAGAAGACACUGGAACAACGCAACGAUGAGAUUGCAGACCUCAAUGACAGGUUGGUGGGGCUGCAGCAGGCUAAGGACCAGGAGAAGGACACGUAUGAACAGCAGCUGGCCACACUCAGGACUGAGUUUCAGGAGACCAAAGACCAGCUUACGUCAGAAAACAUGAUCCUCGGUGGUAAACUAGCCUCCCUGGAAGAGUUCAAAGUUCAGAAGGAGGACCUGAUGGCCAAGUUUGCACAGAUGGAGGAUAACCUGCAGCAUCAGAAGGAGGACCAUGAGGAACAGAUGUACCAGCUGGAGAGGAAAGCUGUGGUGGACAAGGACAGGUUAAAGAAGGAGAUGGUUAUGAAAGUUAACCAGGUCGCGGCAGAGUUCCGUAAAGUCUCCAACAAACAGAUGGCGGAAACCACCAAGCGAACCAUUCGGGAGAACGUGUCCAUCAACGCGCAGCUCUCCAAGAUGUCCGACAAGACUCUGGACUUGAUCGCGGAGAACGAUGAGUUGAGGGCCAAGGAGAAGGAUCAGCGCCAGAGAAUCGAGAUGUUGGAAGCCACAGAGAAAGAGCUGGCAAAGAAAAACCAUUCCAACCAGAAGAUCAUCCGCAUGCUGACAGAGAAAGCCAAGCAGACGGAGGCUGUUCUGGCAGAGAUGGAAGUCAGGGAACAGGAGGUGCAGGACAUUGAUGCAGAGAUCAGUCUGUUACGCCGGCAGAACGAGGCCAUGUCUCAGGAGCUGCAGAAAAUCAGCACAGAGCUGGAACAGAAGUGUGAGGAGGUGUCCCAGGUCCAGGAGAAACUAGAGGAAGAGAGGAAGGCCAGGGGGAAGUUGGAGAGACUUAUCCAGGACGCAGCACACAGCCUACACAGUACACUCAGUGUAAGUCUGAUCCUAGCACACAGCCUACACAGUACACUAAGUGGUCCCAGUCCAGAUGACCCUGAGUGGGAGGAACUGUCAGCCCUGAGGGAGAAACGUGACGGGAUGUUGGAACAGCUGCUGACCCUGCUGAACAGCGCAGCUUCGCUGGGCCUGGGGCCAGCCACCGGAACCUUCGGUAAAACAACAUCAGAGGCCUGGAGGACCAAAAGUACAGGCUUCCUCCCUGCCAUGGGCAUGGGUCUCACAAAAGGUUCUGUCACCCUGGGCCCAGUGUCUGGUGCAGUUGACACCGUGGCUCACUACAGACUGGGAGACCUGGGUCUGGUCCCCAGACAGAAGGACACCAUCUCAUCAGUAGGACAGAAAGUGGGAGGACUGUCUAAAACCACCCGCCUGGCUCCCAUCAGGGCAUCCAGACCUAAGUCUGUGGGUGUGCAGACGUUCAGUACACCAAAGGCCAUGUUUUUUGCUGACCAGCUGCUGAAGUCUGGGAAACCUGCUGACAAGGCGACGAUGGGCGGUGCACUGACUUCAACAAGUUAGCACAAGGAAGUCCAGUCCAGCUUGUCAACACGCAGAAGUUUGAUUCUGAUUGUGUAAAUACUGUACAGUGAUAUCUGAGUUACAAGGUGGUCACAUGUGCUGUACAUGUAGGUUGUUAGGAGACAAUUGUGAUGCUGUUUCAGUCAGACUGUGACAGAACUAGCCACCUACAAGCUUUAUUAUUAUAGUAUACAUGUACAGCCUUUUCAUGACGAGACAGCUGAAUAUGUACAACAAUGUAGUAUUACAUUUGUACAUGUGCGUUGUAUGCAUG